GCUUUCCCCUCCGGCGUGGCCCUGCUGCCGGACACUUUCGGUUCCGGCCGCCUGCUCGCUCUGGGGCGCACUUCCGUCAGUCCCUGGACCGGCCGGCUAGCGCCGCUGCUCUUUGCGAUACUGUCUUCCCCGGCAUCUCUAGAGGGCCUCCCGGAAGCCGCCGGUGUUGGCCUCCCCUGCGAAAACUGCGUGUAAAUUCUGAAGGUCCUGCCCCUCCCCCCAUUCAAAACCCGUGGAGCGCGCCGACCAUGCCCGCGGGCGUGCCCUGGCCCACCUACUUGAAAAUGUUCGCCGCCAGCCUCCUGGCCAUGUGCGCCGGGGCCCAAGUGGUGCACAGGUACUACCAGCCCGACCUGACAAUACCUGACAUUCCACCAAAGCCUGGAGAACUCAAAACGGAGCUUUUGGGGCUGAAAGAAAAACAACAUGAACCUCAAUUUUCCCGGCAGUAGAAACCUCAAAAUACUGCUCUGGCAAGAACUCUGAAUAGUAUUAUAAGUCUUUCAUGUCUGUUUUAAAAUGCGUUAAAACAACUGA